AAACAUUCAUGUCUACUGGCGGGAUUCCAACCCAAGACCUACAGGCAGUGCUAUAUAUCAGAGAGUUAGAACGCCUAACCCGAUCUGCGAUUUGCUUGUAUAUCAUGAUAAAAUAAUCCUCUAUUGUUAAAUGAUUUUAAUGGAGAAUAUAUUCAAUGUUAACAAUAGUAGGCUACUAUCAAUACAACACUGAAAGAUCCAUGCCAAGAUUUGUGAUGUGAGGUCAGUACCGUAGGCCUACUGUUGUAUCAUUUUUGGUGUUGAUGAGCUGCUGGAUACAUUUACAGUUACGUUUCUUUUCAGAAAAUGUUCACAACAGUAGAUAAUAUUUCAUCCGUCCGAGCAAGUCUAGUUGUUGCAUUGCUGUUCACUGUUCUUCUACUUUUAUGGAAAACUUACUACAAAUUCAUCCAGCUAGGCAAUAGAAUACCAGGAAUCGGUGUUUGGAAUCUGGCUUUUGGCUUGAUGAAUCAGAUGCCUAAAGAUGGACCUCAUGUAGGCCUACUAGGAUUUCUGAUGAACUUUGUGAAUAGUCAUGAAGGAGAACCCUGCAGAAUUUGGCUACUGAAUGAGUUGUGCGUUAUUCUCACAAAACCGAAAGACAUAGAAGUGGUGUUGGGCAAUGUUAAAAUAUUUAAGAAAUCCGGCCAUUAUGCAAUGAUGAAGCGGUUGAUGGGCCAAGGCCUGUUCACAGCCGAUGAUUUUGCUGUUUGGAGGCGUCACAGGAAAAUAAUCACCCCCACUUUACACUUCAAUAUCUUGAAAGACUUUGUUCCGAUAUUUUACAAACAGGCUACAAAACUAGCAAAUAAGACCAAGGACAAAGAGCAAGUGAACAUUUUUUCAGCGGUUGGUUUAUGCACUCUCGAUUCAAUCUGUAACACAGCGAUGGGAAUAAAUAUAUUCGCUCAAGACUCCGAUAACAAUACAUUCCUGCAAGAUUUCUACUCAAUUCUAAAGGUCUGGCACACCAGAAUGACAAAUCCAUGGAUUAUGUUGGACCUCAUGUUUAACGUGAGCCGAUACAGGGAAAUACAUGACAACGCAGCAGACCGCAUGAAAUAUUUCACAAAUGAAAUACUGCACUUGAAGAGAGAUAAGUAUGGCGUGAAUAAGUCAGGAGUGACCGUGAGAAGUGAGUCCAGAUCAACAGCAUUUCUUGAUAUGAUGCUCACAUGUUGGAGCGAGCAUGGCCUGAGCGACACAGAAUUGAAGGAUGAAAUCAUAACACUGAUUCUAGCUGGACAAGAAACAACGGCAACUGUCAAUAGUUUUGCGUUAAUUAUGUUGGCAUAUCAUCAAAAUAUCCAACUGAAGGUACAAGAAGAGCUUGAUUCAAUAUUUGAGCAGUGGAGAGAAAAUGAUUGUCCGUCAUUUGAGGACCUUCAAAAAAUGAAUUAUCUCGAAAUGGUGAUCAAAGAGACACUAAGAUUGUUUCCAGCUCUUCCUAUCAUUGGGAGAGCCUUGAAUGAGGAUUUGCAAGUGAAUAAUGUUACCAUUCCUGCUGGUAAGACUGACAAGUAUAUCAUUCAAGUUAUAGUGUACAGUAUGUUUGCACUAUAGCCUACAAUCCAAAAUUCCGUAUUCUUACUAGAGACUGUUGUAUUCCAAUCCUGGUUCUUCAUUGAGAUAUUUUUUUGAACAGAGAUGUUUUAUUCUGAUUCCAUCAAAUGAGUACGCCAAUCUUCAC